ACCUCACCACCGUCACCACCUGCAGCUAGAGCCUCAGUUGUAUUUUAUCCCCCCCCCACUCCCCAUCGUCACCAUGCAAAACAACCCACAAUCGUCGUCAUCCCAGGGACCACCGAGUUCUCUGCUCGAUCUGCGAGUUGGAAACAAGUACAAGAUCGGACGAAAAAUCGGUAGCGGAAGUUUCGGCGACAUCUAUCUGGGUACCAACAUCGUCAACGGCGAAGAAGUUGCGCUCAAGCUAGAGUCGAUCAAGGCCAAGCACCCGCAGCUGGAGUACGAAGCGCGUGUCUACAAGUCUCUCGCCGGUGGAGUCGGUAUUCCCUUCGUUCGCUGGUUUGGCACAGAAUGCGACUACAACUGCAUGGUGCUCGAUCUGCUCGGCCCGAGCUUGGAGGAUCUCUUCAACUUUUGCAGCCGUAAAUUCAGCUUGAAGACCGUUCUGCUCCUUGCCGACCAGCUGAUUUCCCGAGUCGAGUACAUCCAUUCCAAGAACUUCCUGCACCGUGAUAUCAAGCCCGACAACUUCCUGAUGGGUCUGGCCAAACGCGGCAACCAGGUCAACGUCAUCGACUUUGGACUUGCCAAGAAGUACCGCGAUCCCAAAACCCAUCUCCACAUUCCCUACAAGGAAAACAAGAACCUGACUGGCACGGCUCGAUAUGCCAGUAUCAACACCCAUCUUGGUGUCGAGCAGUCGCGCCGUGACGAUCUCGAGUCGCUUGGAUAUGUCCUGAUGUACUUCUGCCGCGGCUCUCUGCCCUGGCAGGGACUCAAGGCUGCGACCAAGAAGCAAAAGUACGACCGUAUCAUGGAGAAGAAGAUGACCACCCCGACCGAAGCCCUGUGCCGAGGUUUCCCGAACGAAUUCGCCGUUUAUCUGAACUACACCCGGUCCCUCCGCUUCGAUGACAAGCCCGAUUACUCGUACCUCCGCAAGCUCUUCCGCGACCUGUUCAUCCGCGAGAGCUACCACUACGACUAUGUCUUUGACUGGACCGUCCAGCGGUACUUGCAAGAAGGACGAGAUCGCUCUGGCAACCUGAUCGCCCAGAACGGCCAGGAGGGCAAUGAAGAGGAAGCGUAGACAGGGCAAUCGCGCCGUAGCUCCUGCCGGCCCUUCUGCCGCCGCCGUGCCCCGUAUUGCGUCUGCAAACACCCCCGGCCUCCCCGCGGCGUCGCGCCCCGCCGCCAACUAUCCUCAAGCCUCGUAUGGCGCCGCCGCCGGUCCUGCGAUGGGUGGCCAGCCCCAGGGCUACGGCUACAACAACUACUACCAAAGCG